CCCGGCGGGUUUCGGCGCCUCCGGCGGAGCGGGCUCUGCGGGGAUGAUGCGGCGCGUCGGACCCCGCUGCGGGGCGGGAGCUCCGUCCGAGAGAUAACGCGGCUCCCCGGCAGCAGCCCGGGGCCGGUGUCGGUGCCAGCCUCCCCUCCCGUCCCCGGGAGCCGCUCGCUUCUCUCGGGGCCCGGCGGGGCCGGGGAGCGGCGGCCGGUUGUACCGGGGCACCCCGGCUGCGGGGGACAGGCGGGAGGGAGGCUGAGGAGCGCAGGCAGCAGAGGCGGGGAGGAGGAAGAGGAGGAGGAGGAGGAGGGCAGCGCCAUGACUCAUUUGCAGGCAGGUCUCUCCCCGGAGACUCUGGAGAAAGCCCGGCUGGAGCUGAACGAGAACCCCGACACCUUGCACCAGGACAUCCAGGAGGUGCGGGACAUGGUCAUCACCCGGCCGGACAUCGGCUUCCUCCGCACCGACGAUGCCUUCAUCCUGCGGUUCCUGCGGGCCAGGAAGUUUCAGCACUUCGAGGCGUUUCGCCUCCUGGCCCAGUACUUUGAGUAUCGCCAGCAGAACCUGGACAUGUUCAAGAGCUUCAAGGCCACGGACCCGGGCAUCAAGCAGGCGCUGAAGGAUGGUUUCCCCGGCGGGCUGGCCAACCUGGACCACUACGGCAGGAAGAUCCUCGUCCUUUUUGCCGCCAACUGGGACCAGAGCAGGUACACACUGGUGGAUAUUUUGCGCGCCAUACUUCUUUCUUUAGAAGCCAUGAUAGAAGACCCAGAGCUUCAAGUGAAUGGAUUUGUUUUGAUUAUAGACUGGAGCAACUUCACCUUCAAGCAGGCCUCCAAGCUCACACCAAGCAUGCUUAGAUUAGCCAUCGAGGGCCUUCAGGACAGCUUCCCAGCUCGGUUUGGAGGAAUACAUUUCGUCAAUCAGCCGUGGUAUAUCCAUGCCCUCUACACAGUUAUACGGCCCUUUCUAAAGGAGAAGACACGAAAAAGGAUAUUCCUGCAUGGUAAUAACCUCAACAGCCUGCAUCAGCUAAUACAUCCUGAGAUCCUGCCUUCAGAGUUUGGAGGAAUGUUGCCCCCCUACGACAUGGGAACGUGGGCAAGAACACUACUUGACCAUGAAUAUGAUGAUGACAGUGAAUGCAAUGCGGACUCCUACAAUGCUCCUGCCAAGGAUAUAGAAAAGGAUCUCUCUCCCAAAUCCAUGAAAAGGUCUCAGUCUGUUGUGGAUCCCGGGGUGCUGAAACGCAUGGAUAAGAACGAGGAAGAAAACAUGCAGCCUUUGCUUUCACUUGACUAACAAGUUCCUGAGCAUCGGCCGUGAACUGAGGUGGAAGGCACUGCCUCUCAGCAGCAACAAACCAUUGGGAAAGAGCCUACCAGCUGGAAUCCUAUUUACUCGUGUAAUGUAGCAUAAUGGCAGCAGGCAGCAGGUUUUACUCUUCUGCCUGAAUUCUGGAUGCCCUGGGGUGAAAAGGAAGAGGAGAAAAGAGGAAAAUAAAAUGAAAUAAAAAACAAAGAGGGAUCAGUAAUUUAUUCUGUAAGUGCCAACUUGUUUGUAAAUACAAUAUAAUCCUCCAAUUUGACUUUGUAAGUUAUGGUAAACAAAUACUAUGGAAAUGAGUGACUAUUAAAUAUGUUAGUGAAGUGCAUCAUAAAAAAAGAGAAGAAAACGGGUGUGUGCUCACUCAUGCACACACACACAUACGCAGAGAAACACAUACUGGACAAGGAAAAAUAUCAAAGCCAAUUAAAUGUUAUCCUUCUCAUAGGAAGCCAUAUUGCAGCUAGCCUAUUGACUGCUGGUUUGUUUUCUCUCUGCAAUGCUCAUGUCGUGUGCAAAGAUAAAGAGGGAAUAGAAGAACCUGGAGAUGCUGUAAUCAGUUGAGUGUUUCCUAACAGUAGCAAUUGAUUUCCCAAAUAACGUCGUGGUUUAGGAUUGUGAUUUAGCAUAAACCAUGUAGCAUUGUGAAAAAGAUAACAGAUGAGCUGGAACCAACUCUUUGACAGCUUUGUUGUUUGGCUGUGUGGAUCUCUGAGGUUUCUUCCUUAACUUUUCAUUUACAGUUCGCAAGUAACAUGGCUUCUUACCCAAAUCUGGGUGUUGUAAUCUGGGCCACAUUGGAGUUACUUCUCUUGCAUUUUGUGUGCACAUCAAGAAUUUUUCCAGAACUCUGUGCUCCCUUGGAAUGAGAAAAUAUUCCUCUAAAUACAGUGUAAUAACCACUAUUUGAAAGCAAAGCCUGGCAGCAGAGGUUAAAAGUUUAUCACUGAAUCCUGUGCACUGAGAGACUGGAUACAUAUAUAUAUUUUUACCAAUCUUGGACGAGCAUACAAGGUGACAUUGUUAGACAGGUGUAUUUAAUUGAAGGUUUAUACAAGAAAUCAUACCUAUUCAAUGUACUUAGAUAUAUUAUAGAUUGUAUAUUGAGACAAUGUCAUUAUUAAUAUAGUAAAACUUUCCAUAGAACAACAGCAUCCCACUCCAAGUAACGAUUAAUAUGAAUAAGUUGUAGUCAAACAUCUCAGCCUAUGUGUUUAGGACACUUUUGUUUUGGUUGUAAUGUAACUGUAUAUAUUGAACAUGUGCCAUAAUGGACAAAUACAUUUUACCUCAAAAGGACAACAGGUUUUGGUAGGGAUUGGGUAAAUCAGCUGAAACGCAGGGCCCGUGUCGUUUUUGUGUGCUGGCUGGUGUUGGUGCAGCCUGUAGUGUGCUGGGACAAGAAUGUCAUUUCUUAUGAGGAUUUAACUCUGCAAUCAGAGUGAGAAGACACAGAGUGCCCACCAAGACAUCUGAAUAGUUAGAGGUAUUGUAAGAUCAUGUCGGGGUGAUGCAGGGGUUAGUUAAGAAUACACUGACCACAGUGGAGAAAAUAGCUCACAGCAGUCCUGCCUCCCAAGCGCCAGAGCUAAAAGGGUUUCUUCCACCCCUUCAGUGAUCACUGAAGUUUCAAAGUCACCGGUUGUAGGUCGCCUCUUCUCACCCAGGAUAAUUGCAGCUGUAAGAUUUAGUAGGCUGGGACGAGUUAAGAGAGAGAGCGGCGGGUGAAAUCUUGGAAGUGUGUAACUCCUGUGGUGGCAGCUUUGGUGUCCUCAGGGCUGAGACAACCCUGUCUCUUCCAGCAUCACCCUUGAUUAGCCCAGGCAGCACACAGACAAAGCUUUCCUACUUCGCAGUUCAUUAGCAACGACGAUAAACAGAGUAUGCCCCAACAUGCCAUCGCGUUGCAGGAACUUGUCUGAACAAGUCAUGGCCUUUUGGCUCUCCUAAUGCUAUUUUCAUGGUAAGUGUUAUGAAAUGCAAAGAGAAAGGAUGUGGAGCCUGAAUGUCUUUUCGGUCUGUCCCACAGGUUUUCAGUUGUAGAAACUGUUGUAAUGCUACUACUGUGCUUUGAGAGACUUGAAAGAUGGAUGAAUUCUUAAAUACUAUUUUUUUCAUUCCUAUUUCUCACAUACUGGAUAGGUGAGACAUGUCUCUAGGGUUUGCAUAAGUGCCAUAUUUGAAUGUAUGUUUUAUAUGCCCACACAUUUGGUCAGUAGAAUAGUACAUUGACAUCAAUCUGAUUUCUAAAUCCUUAUCAGAUAAGACUCUAACAUCAGCAGAAAUUUUCUCCUUGUAAGGGCUUUAGGAUUUAGUCAGUAUUCCAUAUGUAUGCAAACUGUGACACAGUGGUGAUCAAAAUCUUCAUGGAUGCUUUUGGAUGCAUGGGCCAAACCUUGUUGUAAACCAGCACAACGCUAAUUUUAGAGUAGACCAGCCGUCUGGUCAGAAAAUGCAAAUGCCUCUCAUGUCCCCUCAGAGCAUCUUUGUAGGAAAGUGCAUCUGCUCAACUGUAUGAAGCUUAAAAUUUGGUUUGAAGCUCAUAAGUUUGUUUUGUUUGCAAGUCUCUUAUUUAUGUAAUGUUUUCUGAUGCUUGAUUUUAGUUUCAAAUUAAUGAAUAUUAAUAUAUUCUUUCCAUAAAGAGCAAGUAGGAUAUAUUGUAGUUUAAAUGGGACCUCAUCUUUCACCAAGAAGAAAACCACUUUUUGAAUCAGAUCCUCACUGUUAAAAGAGUUGGCCUACAGGUCUUCUUAGCUGCAGCUGUUAUUUUGCUGAAGCAAAUUCUGGCAGUGGUAACUGCAGUUGUGACAUUGGAUAAGUAUACGAAAAUGCUUAAGGAAAAUAAUUAGCCUUUAUAUGUUCUCAGUGUUCUUUAAAGGCAUUUCACUUUUACACAUCAGGGUACAUAAAGGGUUUCCACCUUUCCCUUGCUUCUUAUAGAAAAUCUUUAUAGGUAGGUCAAUUUUUAAUAGAUUAAAUUUGGACUGAAAACUUUUUCCAAUCUUUAUUGUCAUAGGAAUUGAUGUCUAAUUUUUAUAGAAGAAUUGAAGUGUUAAAAAUAGAAUUAAAAUGCUUGGGAGGAAUUCCUCUUAAUUUCAUACCUUUGUUGUGUAUUGGGUAGAAUAAACCUUGUUGUAAUUAUGCAUGCCGAUAUGCAUAUAAAAAGUAUCCUGCAAUAUGAGGAACUUAGUGGAAAAACUGGAUACACCUGUCCAAGCAACUAAGUGAAAAUAAAGGGGGAGGAAAAAAAAGUGUAAAAUUGAUAAUUUCAGGCCUUUGGCAAGAUAUAAAAAUGUCCCCUUAUGUGAUAUCUCUUCCAUGAAACAAAUGUUUAAAAAUAUAUGGAAAAAUUAUGGAAACUUCUGUGCCCAAAGCCUUCCUCCUGUAAUCACAGGUGUCAAUAGUCUCUUGGCUUUAUAAAGACAGGCAAUCAGUCCCACUAAGCUCCAACAAAUACACGGGCUCCCAAUAGUUAUUAGUUGUAAAAUAGCUUUAAGAUGUCUUUACAGAAAUGUAAAUUUGCUGUAUAGCAUAUUUAAAAAGAUGUUUUGCACUCUACAAACAUGCUAUGCCUGGUCACAAAAGAUAUUUGUAGAGACAUACAUAAACUAAACACUGAAUUAAAGAAAAUAGGAGUAGAAGGAACCUCAAGAGGUCAUUGAUUUGUGGAGGAGCAGAUUUGCUUUAAUGUCUCUCUUAAAGAAUUGUUUUAGCUCGGUACUUUGCAUGGAAUGCUCUUUGUAUUAUUUACUCACAGUCACAGCAAAGUCUAAGCACAUUACCUGACAAAACUGUAACCUGGCAGUAUUUUGUUUAUGUGUUUUAUUAUUUACCUGUUCUGUUUGGGAAAUCAAAAAGUUUGCCAAGCAUCAUAAGAACUACCAUUCAGAAUUACCUGGGAAACACUUUGCAAUAAGAUUUGGUCCUGUCUUUGUUAUUAUAUUGUUUCUGUUAUUAUCAGUGUAUGUAUUCGUCAAGAUUUUUGAAAAAGUCACGUUUGAAAGAGCAUGAAAGAGAGAAGAAUUCAAAAUUAAACUUCAGGUUUUUCUUUAGAAUAUUGAAAUAGGAUUUGAGGGGAACGCUGAGUUUGAUUUUGAUAAUCUUUGUUUGCCUGUGGGGAAUGUCCUGCUGAGCUAUUGACAGCAUUGGGUACCAGGACAAAUUUGGAAGAUAAAUCUCAAUGUGAAAGGCAAGAGCAAAGGUCUCGAAGGAUUGUAUCAAAAAAUCACUUAGUCAUGUGGCUGGAUGUAUCAUGUCCUUCUAAAGAAAGGCAUUUUGCAAGUAGCUUAUGAGCAUGUAUUUGUGGUGCUGAGAAUAGUGCUUUUGACCACGAAGUUCAAAGCACACUAUGAAAUCAAGAAAAUAAGAGGUGUCUGAUUAGUUACUUAGAAAAACAGAAACUGUGCCAGUUAGAGACAUUAAAAUCUCAAUGGAAGACAUUCACAUUGUGUUCAUUUGUGGCACAAACAAUGCUUUCAUUACUCAGUCUGGUUUGAACUGCAGGAGAGAAAAUGUGUGAGCAGAAUGUGUGGCUGUUGAUUCAGUCAUGCCUAGUUUCUUUAGAAGCCUACCUAGAUGUUUUACCAUAAGACCUUUACAAACCAGGGGUGAUCUGCUUUCCCGUGGAGUUAAAUCUGAAUGUACAGUUUGCCAUUUCUGCUGAGAAAACAGUAAAAAGUGAGUAUGUCCCCUAGAUGAAAUGUCCUUCUUCCCUGUAUAAUUGAGGGGAAAAGGUGGUUUGCUCUGAAGACCCCUGAAAGGAAAUCUUGGCUGCCCAGUAAAGAAUUCUGAAGGUGGGCGGAGAGGAUCUCUCCUUUUGAGGUCCUUGAAAGAUACUUAUUUCCCAUUAAUUAUACAGGGAACACUGGUGUUUUAUUUAGAGGCAUGCUUAAAUGACUACAAAUGAAAGUGCAAGCCAGGUAUGUAGGACGCCACCUCCUGUGUUGCCUUGUAACCUUGAAUGAUCCUGUGUCAGGGUCUGUAUUUAGCACGUUGACUUGGACAUAACCCUUCAGUCUGCAUUUCACCUUUCAGUUGUGUGGGAAUUUUUUCCUAUCAGCUUUUGGGAUCUUGAUUUGUUCCCUUCAUAUGGGUCCGUUGCCACUAAAUGGCAUUGACCCCUGUCGGAUUGCACAAUUUGCAAAGUGAUUUUGUUGUUAAAAAAUAACAACUUGUGAUAUGCUGGGCAGCGGUGAAGUUGAAAGUCACAAGCUCCCACUACUUUGUCACCCAUUCCCCAGUGUUUUGUGUGUGUAAACUGCUUUGAUUGAUAACAGACAUGUCGCAUAUAACUCUCAUGAUAUGGGUUUAAAAAGAGGCAAAAGGGAGAAUUCCUUUUGGCAAAAAGAGGCAAAAAGGAGAAUUCAGUGAGUUCAAAAUCUGAGUUCAUGUUAUCACUGUGGAAUUGAAGUGGAGGGAAAGCACUGCACACAGGCAGAUUAGAGACACCUCCAAGGGAAGAUGCUGAUGCUUCCCUGACACACAUUUUUGUUAAAACAUGGCCAAAGUAUUUUGUCUAUGGGGACCGUGAUCAGCCUGCUCUGUUGUUUCUGAAUCAGUCACUUAGAACAAUUUCUCUCUAAUAAAGGUGUGACAAAUCUUUCUUUUGCUAUUAGCGGAGAAUUUACUUCCCGAGAAUUGGCAUAUCUGUCAAUUUGCAGCAGACAAAUAGUGGGGGUUAAUUAAGAUUUGUAUUUGAUAUGGAAAUGCUGCUGUGAUUCUUUAAAAAGGCUGUCUCAUCAUUGGCAACAUACAGCAGAGCCUAAAGGCAGGCAUCUCAAAUCAGGUCCCUUGGUUAAUAAAAAUUUAAGGGGAAAAAAAGCAAGGGAAGACAUAAUAGAAGAUGAUAAAACACAAUAAUGAAAAUAAAAAACAGAAGCAAGCCCGCAGUGGAAAGCCAUAUAAGUAGCAAAAAUGUUGUGAGCGAACUUGUAUGAACACUCCCAAGAAGUGAAUCAGUAGCCUAUCUUGCAUCCCCCAGCUACAUUAUGAGCAGAGUUCCCAUUUUUCACAUGGUCUACCUUGUUUGGCCAUGAUGGAGUUUCCUAAAUCUUUAGAAAACACUUGAGUUACAGUCUGAAAUUGUAGGGGCAGUAGCUGAACAUCGUUUAAUGGACCAGUGCAUGCCAGCAGAUCCUCACCUGGAGAUGGGUCCUGGGCUGAUUCAGAUCUGGUACCUGAAGGAGUAUGUGUAAUGCCAUGUGCUGCCUGGCUGAAGAAGUUUUUCAGGGAGAGAAGGAAAGGAGCCCCGUGCCCAUAAGGAAAGGUGGGAAGCCUAUGGAGAAGAACACAACAGAGUUGGAGUGAACUGAUCAAUCAUUUAAAUGAAACGGUGCAGGAGGCCUUCACUUGCUCUGUAAUAUUAGAGGGGGCUUACAAACCCCGCCACAAAUCUGUCAUCAGAAAGGAGAGAGGACAUCUUUCUCUCUUUCCAACACAGACUUGGUUUCAAUAUAUUUAAACCUAAUGUUUAAUGCCAGGCCUCAAUUGCCUCUGCUGCUGCUGCUGUUUCCACGGCGGCUCUAGCGCUGUGGGUAUCCCGUUAUCUGGGAGCUGGAAAGGUGGUGUUCACCAGCCUGUCCAUAGGCAGAGAAGGAAGGGAUGCAUUCUGCAAGUCCCUGCUGCAGAGAUAAUUUCACGGGCGAAUUCAACACUUACUUGGAUGAAAUCCUGUCUUGCCCUGACAUGGGUAUCAGCGCUGACUCUGUAGAAGGCUGAGUGUGAGCGGUGUGGUCAUCUCCCCCGCUCACCUCCCUGCCUCCUGCUCAUUAUGCAGCCUUCCAGCUGUAGCUGGUGAUCUGUGUCUUUAAACAGUUCUGCUGGUGAUGCUGAUUGUAGCCCUUAGUUCCUCAGAGGGGAGGUGAUUUAAAGGAAACUGACAACUUGAAGCAUUUACACAAUGUCUAAAAAUAUUAAAUUGGUGAUUGUUACAAGUAACGCCUAAGAUUAUGAUAACUUAAAGACUUUCAGGGUUUGGUUGCAUUGUAAUCUUGAUGGGACUCAGUGUAUAAUUACUUUCCCUUAAAUAUGGUUUUCCUUGAUGUUCGUGUGCAUCUUUCACACAUCAGCGGCAGAAGGAAUUAAAUAGUGGAACGUGUGAUUCGAAAACUAUGAAUAUAUUCAGCAGGGCACCUAUAGGAUACCUGACACUAUUUAAAAAAAAAAUUGUUUUGCAGUUAACUAGUGUUCAACUUGACAAUAAUGUCUCUCCUAAAUCAUUUAGUUCUCUGGCUCUUUUACCCUAUGGACUGUUGUGUGAAAUGUGUCCUACGAAACCUGCCCAGCUCUGCAUCCUUUCUUCUCCUACCCCCUUGCAUUCAACAACAUCCUCUCUUCGGUUCAUACUUUUUUUUCUAUGAAUAACUGGAGAAAACUGGAUUACUGGAAAAACCUAACACCCUGAUAAACUGCAGACUAGAGCUCGAGGACCACUAUUUUAAAUAUUUCCCUUAUACAAAUCUCUGGUAACAGGGUGAAAUGGCAAAUGAGAGCAACAGCUGACCUCAUCACAGAGGAACACAAAAAAGGCUCUAGGAGUCUGCCCAGGUGCAGACAGUCAUCGGAGACAGCACUUGUGAUUUAAGAUGUUACCUUCCCCUGACUGUUAAUUAUCCCUCUUCAGGUAGGUACCCUUCAGUUCCCACCAUUUAAGGAACAGUAAGUUAUGGAAGAGCUCCUCUCCCAAUGAAGGUUGUGCACAAAUCGUGCUAACUGUUGAUUCUGCACUCCUGCAAAUGUAAAACCAUUCACGUAAUCUAUUAAUACAACUCUAUUAUGAGAAUAACGAUUAACAGCUAGUUGUGGUGACAUCUAAAAUUGCUAUAUUGGCUCUCUGUGCCUUAAGGCUCUCGUGAUCUGUAGUACUUGCAUAGCAGUAACCACUGAAUACAUUUUUUUGCGCAUGCAACAAUCUACUUUGGAGCCUUACGGAAAAUAUUAUAGCACCAUUAUAAAAAAUUCAAAAAUUAAGUUACAGGAGUAAUUUGCAAACAGUGCUUCUAUCCUCAGGAUAAAAAUUGUUUGUCUGUUUCUCAGUUUAGUACUGUUAGGACUCAGGGGGUCUGAGAUCUGUAAAGCCAGGAGAAGUCUAUCAAUCAUGUUCUCUCUAUGUAUAGUUUCGAUGACUAUUCUCUUUUCACAACUUGUUGUCAGUUUGAAUUUUACUCUUGGACCUAGUAAGAUGAUUACUUUUGGUCUGUUGUGUCCCAACCUGAAAUCUGAAGAUUAAGCAACUUUGUGAAACAUGUCACUCUUUAUAUUGUAUAUUUAAAUAUCAUCAGUUCUCUGUGAUCAAUGGGCUGCUUUGGAGAGUACUACUAAUUUAAAUCAUUGUUGGUUACUGAGGAAGAAUGACAUUCUGUUAAAUAAAAUAUGACCAAAUGAAAAUUAAA